UGUGACCCUGCAGGUGUCUCCCACCAUGUGUGCUGAGGAACUGACCAAUCAGGUUCUGUAUAUGAGGAACAUCCCGGCGGGGGACAGAGACGUCUGGAUGACGUUUGAGGCUAUCGAGGACGGACAGCUGGAGCGGCCGCUGCACCCCAAGGAGAAGGUCCUGGAGCAGGCGCUGCAGUGGUGCAAGAUGGCCGACCCCAGCUCCGCCUUCCUGCUGGUGAAGAGGGUCCCCAAAGGAGACGGGGUCAACAUCCUCACCU